GUUGAUGUGAAUCAGUAUCUUUCAGGACAACGAGCGUGUCGGACGUGUUGUCGACAUGUUGCUACCCUGACGUGAUUGCACGCGACCGUUUGCAUUAUAUAACGCUUCUUGUGAUAAUUGUUUUGUGAGUCGAUUACUACGAAAGGAUGUAUUGAGCGUCGUCAAGAAUGAGAAAACUUUGUUAAACAUCGGUAAACCGGUACAAAUGUGCGAGAAUGCGUUACUAUGGACAAUAUAAAGGCGUGGGGUCGCAUUCGAGUGUGAUGUGAGAGACAUUAUGACCAGUAGUAGCCGUUGGUUGGCCAUGUUGGCGGUGGUGGUGGCUGCGGGGGCGGUGCGGGGGUGGGACUGCGUCUGCAACCCGAGGGAGUGCGAGGCUUUGGAGCCUAGUGGUUGUCCAGGACUUGGAAUCGUGGUGUGGGAUCCUUGCAGAUGCUGCAAGGUUUGCGCAAGGACGCUAGGGGAAGACUGCGGUGGUUUCAGAGGGACUUGUGAGCCAGGCCUCAAGUGUUACGAAGGCUCGUGUACGCCGAUAACGUGAACUAAUUAAAACAAGACUUGUAUUAUAUGUGUAUAGUGUUGAAUAGAGAAAGAAACAUAUCCCCAGUCAACGUAGAAAACGAGAGGACCAGACCUGGCGAGGAUAAAUACUUUGGAAUAUUUGGAACCUCACGAGACAUCUAGGCAUGUCUGUGACAAUAAAUUAGUGACGAGUAAGGGGCACAUUUUUGAGGUAAGAAUUAUGGACAGAUAAAAGUGUACAUUGUAACUAUACGGCUGCCGAUGCAUUGUAAAGAUUAUUUCUUUCGGAACGAGCGCAAAUUUCAUUUUAAUGUCCCAACUCCGCCUGUGGAGGAAACGAUAAAAUCUCCAGUUUGCUGUUCCCUCGUUAUGUUGCUAUUCAACUCUAUGAAAGGUUCUCGAGAAAUUUGUUUGUAGAUACAGUCUGCUUUGCAAGUAAGUAACGUUGGAAUAUUUUAUGUACUGACAUUAAAGUUAAGCUGUUGAAAUGGAGUAAUUGUAUUUAUUAUGGCAAUCAAAGUUAUUUCGAUUUCAACCUUGUAUUUGACAUUUCUAAAAUUUAAUAACAUAAUGACCACAGUUAUAUUUAAAUAUGAUUGAAGAACAAAGCCAGAAAUUUAAUUUAACAUUUAGGGAGCUAUUACCACUCCAUACCAUCUAUGACGUGUGUACCACUAAAAAAAGUAGAAUGUUCAAAGUUCGGAUACUUUGUUCUUGAACAAUAAAUUAAUUGUAAAAAUCCCACACCCACACAUUUAUAUUUCCAAUUUAUUAUACUGUCACGUUAUAUAUUUGUUGUCUAUAAUUAUUAUCUGCAUGUGUCUAAGCUAAUUUUAUAAUAUACAAUGAUUUUAUUAAUUUAUUUUGUUCUGACAAAAUGUUAAUAUUAUAUAAAAACGAAUUAUGGUUUUUCCUAAGUAUUGUCUACAAUUAUAAAAUUAAUAAAAUUUUAAUAUUUAUUUAAAACAAUAUAUACUUAAUAUGAAUUAAAUAUGAUUAUAUAUUGUUUUAAACUAAUUAUAUGAAUGGAAUUUAAUAUGUUGAGAUUUAGACUGUCAUAAACAUCGUAUGGUUAAACAGAAUAGUUAAAAAUAAACAAUUGUAAUUAACAACGUAUCUAUCUAUAUUUCUGUGUGCUUCCAUGUUACAUGUAGCUCGUUAUAUGUAAUGUAUUGCUUAAUCAUAACUAAUUCAGUUUUAAUUCAUUCGUUGUAAAUAAAUAAAUAAAAUAUUGUUUCUAUCAUCAUAUUGUACGUAUAGGUUGAAAAGAGAAAUAAAUUUUUCUUAGUUCUGUAAAUAUAAUCUAAUUAGCAUUUUUAUCUCGUAGUUUAAUUUAAAAAGUAGUUUUAAGUAGUCUACUAGAAUAAAAUGCUGCAUUUGUUUUGUACUUCCGUUACAUAUUUCUAUAUUUUUUUUUGCGAUCGGAAUGAGUUUAAUUCGUUUAAAAAAAAAAAUUACAGAAAGAGGUAUACUUUUAUUUUAUAUUAAGAAGUAAAUAACUGUAUCUUAAUAAAACAAUAUUUAUAUCCAUAAUAAAGAUCUGUGUAUCGUCCGGUAUACUUUUAAUACUUUUAAUAACUAAUAACUUAUCAUUGUUAAGUUACCAUCUUUUUACAAUAAUGGACAAGAAAAUAUUGAUGACUGUAUAUAAAAAGUAGCAUAAAGGCGUCAGAAGUAAUUAGGUACCUAUUAAUAAGACAUAACUUUGUGUUGUCUUCAGUAAUAAGUGUCUUGGUAAAAAAUUUUUUUAAAACAUACAUUUUAGAGCAUUGAGAAACAAUAUUUUGCAUAUAAUACUUACUUACUCAUUGAAAUAACAUGUUCAAUAAUAUUUUAUGUGUGUAUUGUUAAUAAUUAUGCAGUGUAAAUGUUUCAAGUGUAGUUUAAGAUGAACG